UAAACAAUUUUUUCUAUACAUGCUGAUGAAUUAAAAACUUUUUCUGUAAUGUACAAUAGAAAAGGUAAUAAAUCAGGUUCAUGCUUCAAUCAGGGAGGCUGAGAGUAUGAUUCACUAUGAUAACAUGUUCGUAAGAGCUAAAGUCACUAAGAAACAUUCCAUCGUUAAAAUGGAUCUGUUCAUGCAAUGUCGUUACCAUAAAAAAAAAAUAAUUUCAUCUAAGAUUGCUCUAAACACAAAUUUUAAUAAAAGCCUCUUCAUGGGUAAUAUAAAAAAAAGAUUAAAAUCUAUUACUUUGUAUAAAAACUUUACUACACUAAAAAAUUCGACAAGAUUGUUCAAUGCAUGACACUGUUCAUCAUACUUAUGUAAACUCUUAUCUUGAGUACUGUCUGAUCUACAGUAAGACUUUUGAUUCAAUUCCUACAAAACGCCUAAUUCUAAUAUAGAAUAAGGUUAUUUGAGGUCUUACAUUAACUAGGGAUGUCUACUACUAUUCAUACGUUUUCUAAAUUGGCCUUCAUUUAUUAACAACGAGAUUCAGUAGAAAAAGUGUAAAUGUCAGCUAUUUUUAUUUUUUCCCUAGCUGUUAUACUUCAAAACAUUUUUAAGGAGGUAUCUAUAAGCUAUCAUUUAGGUUUAAAUGGGUCACAUCCUUUUUCAUCAAGUAGAAUUCCACAAGCUGAAUCCAAUUUAACUUUGUCAUCUCACACACAUAUCAGGGAAAGCGUACCGCAAUGUAUCUUUUUCAUGAGUUGUAAUAGAGAAAACAUGGCAAAUCCUUUUUGGAAAAUCAUUUCUAAAACUAAUAGUUUAGGAUACAUUCUUAUGGGAGAUAAUAUUUAUGGGGAUUCCACUGACUUGCAAAAAGGCAUUCUUUUAGGCAUUUUAAAGUCGUUUUUAUUUCAUCCUAUCAGAAGCUUUUAUUCAUUAGUUCAUCGAACUGAAAAUUUGUUUUCUCCCACAAAUCCAGAGAUGCUCAAAUCGUCUUAUGAAACAUUUCAAUUCAAUUUAGAAUUUCAAAAUAUUCUUCAAUUACCAAACUUUCAAUUUAUUGUGGGUACAUGGGAUGAUCAUGAUUAUGGAAUUAAUGAUGGUGACAAAACAUACAUUUAUAAAAAAGAAUCGAAAAAACUUUUUUUGGAUUUUUUUAACGCAUCGAACGAUGACCCACGUCGAGCCGAUGAUUAUCAAGGUGUUUAUAGUGUUAAGUAUAUUGACUUACCCGUAUUCGGUCUAAAUCAGUCAUUAAAUAUCUCGAUCAUUUGCCUUGAUGCAAGAUAUAAUAAAGACCCAUGGUCUUAUGAACGCAGUUUAGGCGAUUUUCUUGGAACACAACAAUGGGAAUGGCUAACUUUAAUCUUAUCAGAAUCCAAAGCUGACGUUCAUCUUAUCAUAAGCAGUAUUCAAGUCCUUCAUAAGCAUAGAUUACCGAAUCAUGGGAUAAGUUUCCCACAGCUAAAAAACGUCUUUUAAAUCUUCUUUUACAAAAGAAAACUCGCAAUGUUUUUUUUCUUUCUGGAGAUGUUCAUUUUGCUGAAAUAACGUCAACCACAUGUAUCCCGUGGAAUCUGAAAACAAAUACAACGUAUCCUUUCGAGGUGACUCUUUGGGAAAUCACUUCUUCGAGUUUAACGCAUUCUAUAGGACUUCUCCCUUAUAAUUUUGGAUUCCUACUUGAUUUUUAUUUUCGUUGGAUCAAUCGUUCAAAUCAAGUCCAAGCUACUACGCUUGAGUCUCAUAUGUUUUCAGGUCUUAAUAUUGGUUCACUCCAUGCUAAGUGGAAUGAUAAGUUUAAGGCGAUCACACUCAACUAUGAAAUUCUUGAUCAAGCAGGGCGGUCUGUACUGAAUGCCCAAUUUGUACUAUCGAGUGUGCAUCAAAUUUGGGCUCAAAAAAUAGUUCAUGAUAUUCACUUAUCUCAAGAAAACUCUAUACUUUCAAACGCCUCUCUUUUGUCUUCACUGGAUUGGGACUGUGGGCCGAAAGAGAAUCCUUCUUAUGCACCACCACAUAUGCGCUCGACUAUAUAUCUCUUCAUUCUUGUCAUUUCCAUAUGUUACUCAUCAGUGUUCAUUUGUAUUUUAAUUUCCUCACUACGCAUUAUUUUAAUAAAGCUUGAAAAAAGAAAAUUAGCUAAACAACAUGGUAACAAGUUGGACGUGUAAAAAAAAUGCCAUUUUUGCUUCACAUAAUUUCCUUACACCCACGUUUCCCUUUAAACUCAAAAUGUUCCUUUGACGUUUGCAUAUGCUCCACUCAUUUUAGAUUAUAAGAGCGCAGUGUUAACUCGUUUUUGUUAAAACGUCAUAUUGUUCGACUAGAGUAUGAGUCGCGUUACCACUCUUAAAUAAAAAUAAAGAAAAUGUGAAAACAUGCCUUGUAACAACUCGAGUUAGUUAAAAAAAAAUUCGCUAUUGAAAACACGCGUUAAAACAAUUCUAGUAAAAUUGAAACCAAUGUACUUCUUUUUUUUGUAUGAAGAACAAAAUUCACCAGAUUUUAAAGUCCAUAAUGUUUGCUUUCUAGUGACUAAACAAAAAAAAAGCUUGUUUUUUUUUCUUUUGCGUCAUCGUAGAGUCUUAAAAAAAACCCUUCUUCUCUUUUAAUGGACAAAUAUCUAAGCUGUUGACUUAAAAUACUAGUCUCUGACAGCACUCACAUUCAUAAACACCUCUUGAUCACCUGUGGUUUCUCUUUACACGUCUCAAGUCAUUUAUUCUCUACCCUUUUGAAAUCUCGGGUCCUUAUAAAGCGAGCAUCGUGUCACAGACGCUCUUAUAUCUGUUGAUACCAAUCUCAACAUGAUGAGAACCAUUGAAACAGACUCGUAAGUAAAACAAUAACAAGUAUCUUGUCAAGGCAAGUGUAAUUUUUUUUUGUUUGAAAAAAAGUUAUGACAAACUAAUUCAAUUUGGCAUUUUAUAAAAUUUGCAUUUCUACCCAUUAUGGAUAAAACAAACACUCUUCAACUUGAUUCAAUUCAAAGCAAUGCUUCACGCAUUUUAAUAAAAAAAGAUACCCUUGUUACUGAUCCAAAUACAAGUAGAGAGAAUGGGUUACAGCCCGUGUCAAAAGAUUUACACACCACUGACACCUUGCCCAUGCUCAAGAAUGAUACAUUAGUACCAAUGUUGGAAGAAAAAAACGGCUUAGCACAAACAAUGCAAAUCCACGAUGACGUAUUCCAAGAACCGCCAAAAUUGGAGAAUCAAAAAAAAAAAAACGCUGACGUGCCUAUAAAAACAAUAGAAAACUCUUUGGAUAGAGAAUCGAGUGACGACGUCAAAAUUAAUGUGUUGACUAACAUGAUGCUUGCAUGGUCACUAGCGGUUCACCGUGUGGAAAAUGGUUUAAAAAUGAAUCAACAUUUUGAAAAUUUUUUUAAAGACAUUGUUAAACAUGAAGAAGCUUCUUGUCGUUCUUUGAAAAAUCUUUGUUUAAAUUUCACAGCUUUAGCGGAAAAGGAAAAUAAAAAUUGGCUCGAUACUGUUGUCGUUUUAUCGCGAAAUAUGUUACAUCGAUCGGAACAAGCACAUGACCUUGCUAAAAAUAUACAACAGGAUGUUCUGGAUUCAACUUUGUCUUUAACAAACCGUAACAAUGGGCGCGCGUUACAACAAAUUGUUGCACAUUGCACACUUUUAGAUACAGAAUUGAGAACAAUAUUGAAGCAGUACUCAGAGAUUCAUAACACUUUUCUUAAAACCAAAGAAUCCAUUCAACUAUUGUCCACGAAAUUUCAAGUGUUACGAUAUAAAUGUCGACAAAAUCCCUUUGAUCGUAUUAAUUUAGCGACGAGGCUUUUAAAACGAAUUCAAGAGUUCUAUUCGUUAGAGAAGAGUCUCGAAAGGCAUAGAGAAGCUUCAAAGCAGGCAAAAUAUGAAUAUGAAAUCAGGAUGCGUCAUAUACUGAAUUCGUUAAGGGAUAUCGAAGUUAAGAGAAAUUCAAGUUUAAAAGACGCCAUAGGAAAAUAUAUGGUUUACCAAACGAGUACUUUACGAAAUAUGCAAUACGACAUGGAUGUUACGAUUCAGUCAAUAACACAAAUACCUCAAAACAACGUUUUGGAAGGCCUUUUGGAAAGCACAGUCCAGGAAAAAGAAAACCAGGAGAUGUCAAAAAACAGUCAUAAGACUGUAAACAGCUUAACAAAUGUCAAAUUAGAUGCGUGUGGAACUCAAACAAGCAACGUACCACAUUUACCCAAUUCAAAUAAUUUUCAUACAUUACUUCAAAAUGCGACACAGAUUGAAAACGACAUUGAUGCUAUUUCUCUACUCAACCCAAUUGAAAAAGUUUCUCGCGUCGCUUGCGAUUUUUUGAAAAACAAUCCAUUGAACGUAGCUUUACAAACAGCUGUGAAUCACUUAUCCUCUUCUUCCAUGUCUAAUAAAUUUUAUCCGUAUACUUUUCAUACCCUUGAAGAUCCACUUUCUAUAACAAAUGAAGAUUUAACAAAAAUAAACCAUACUAUAAAAACAAUGGAGGCGCAAACCUUAUCUAUCAAGCCUGAUUUUUUGACCCCGAUAGCUACCCGAUUAGAGCUUUGUGACCAUUAUCACCAGUUAUUUGAGCGUAUCUGGAACGCACACACACAAGAGGAUUUUCAUUCAAUUUAUGAGAACGUAGACCAGUUUAAAAAUGUUGCCUUUUAUCCCAGCCAUAGACAAGCUUUCGUGAACGAACUUUCCAACUUUUAUCUCACCGAGCGGUAUCUUUUACCUUCCUCAGAGUCACUUAGCCUUCUUGGCGUUUUAACAAACAUUUUGCUUUCUAUCUGUGAUCACCAUUGGGAUCUUGAUACUGCACGCGCUUUAAUGAUCUUAUGCCAAGUAUUCUACACAAAAUCUUCUUUCAACCAUGAGACGGAGUUGAAAAUCCUUGCGACUCAUUGUGGAAAUAGUCAACUGUCGCAGACAAUAACAAAGACACCCACAAAACCAUUCAAUUUGAAAACUCACGAGGAGAAAUUGAACGUUCCUGUUUCAUUCAACCUGACGUCGGAGGACGACCCUUUAAAUGAAAUGUUUGAAAAACGGGUUGAAGAAUCAUUCCGGAUUCAACCUAUUGACAAAAAAAACACUACAAUAUAUCUUUACAGUCUUGUGUACAAGUCGAACAUAUGGAAUCGGGUUCGUUUUUGGAAAGAAUGCUUGAUUCUAACGAUAGCAGAAAUACAUCAGGCGCGGUGGAUUGAAGAAAAUAACAAGACCUUUAUAAAUGACACGGAACCUAACAGAAUACUAAAACAACCUUCACACGACUCGGAUGAGUCUAUCCUUUGUGACACAAACGACACUCAACCCUUCACGUAUCGUUUCCCCCCAUUAAGCAUGCUUCUGCAGUUACAACAAAAUUUCGGGGUCUGUAUGUUGUUAUAUGGUAUACUGGAGUCUCAUGUUAUCAAUUUAAUAGAAAAUGUUGAAAAAGUAUUAAAUCUUCCGUCCCAUUUCACAAAAUCUCUUUUAGAGUCUGUGGAAACCUACAAUCAACGCCUUUCACAGGCAGACUCACCCUGUAAGUUUCCUCCUUUCGCCCCGCAAACCUCAUGGCAUAUUAAUUAAGUCAAAUUGAUCAACUUACAUCAUUUCCGUCCUUAACGAAC